AUGCUUGCUGGGACAAACUGCAGAACGAGUGGACACGAGCGGAAGCCAGCCACGCUCAAUGACAGCGUUGAAAGCGACAAGCAGAACACAACCAACAGCGUCAUGGUCGACCUUCUCACGCAGCAGCACUUGCAGGCGAAAGAGAACGGCGACCAGAUCAGGAUGGAUAUAGAUCGCAGCCGCAUGCCCAGAGGACAGAGGCUCCAGCAGGCAGUCGCCGACAUCAACAGAGCGCAGAAGUUCCAAGACAAGUUGGCCAAGCAGCUGCCGCGCGCCACCGGGCACCGAGACGACGUGCUCCGCAAGAUCAGCGACAACACGGUAGAGCUUGCAGAG